GACGUUGGCCAUUUUGGCCGGUUUCUUUUCGUGUGGUUCGCACGUUGCUACACGAAGAGUAGGGGGUAGGAGGACUUUUAUUUUUUAUCGUCCGCCUCCCUCCUACCAUCACCACCACCCUGCAUCUGAGCGUGUAGUGUGGUGUAUAUCGCCCAUUUUCUCUGGUCUUAAGUUUUGACUGCUACGAAUAUUUGUACCUGGCAAGAUGGCAGACAAGUUAACGAGAAUAGCUAUUGUAAACCAUGAUAAAUGUAAGCCAAAGAAAUGUCGUCAAGAAUGCAAGAAGAGUUGUCCUGUUGUUCGAAUGGGAAAACUAUGCAUCGAGGUUACGCCACAAAGUAAAAUUGUAUGGAUUUCUGAGACCUUGUGUAUUGGCUGCGGUAUCUGCAUUAAGAAAUGUCCCUUUGGAGCUUUGUCUAUAGUGAACUUGCCAAGCAACCUGGAGAAGGAAACCACUCACAGAUACUGUGCCAAUGCCUUUAAACUUCACAGGUUGCCUAUUCCUCGACCAGGUGAAGUAUUGGGGUUGGUUGGUACCAAUGGUAUUGGAAAAUCAACAGCAUUGAAAAUUUUGGCUGGAAAACAGAAACCUAACCUUGGAAAGUUUGAUGAUCCACCAGAUUGGCAAGAAAUUCUGACUUAUUUCAGGGGAUCAGAGUUGCAGAACUACUUUACCAAAAUUCUGGAAGAUGACCUGAAGGCUAUUAUUAAGCCCCAGUAUGUGGACCAAAUACCAAAAGCAGCAAAGGGCCCAGUGGGUACCAUAUUGGAUCGGAAAGAUGAAACAAAGACCCAGACUAUUGUAUGCAAACAGCUUGAUCUGACCCAUCUGAGAGAUCGAAAUGUUGAAGACCUUUCUGGAGGAGAGCUUCAACGAUUUGCUUGUGCCGUCGUUUGCAUUCAGAAAGCAGACAUUUUUAUGUUUGAUGAGCCAUCUAGCUACUUAGAUGUGAAGCAACGUCUAAAGGCUGCCAUUACGAUCAGAUCGCUGAUAGAUCCAGAUCGUUACAUCAUUGUGGUGGAGCACGAUCUGAGUGUGUUGGAUUAUCUUUCUGAUUUUAUUUGCUGCUUGUAUGGGGUGCCAAGUGCUUAUGGUGUUGUAACCAUGCCUUUCAGCGUCAGAGAAGGCAUUAACAUAUUCUUGGAUGGUUAUGUACCAACUGAAAAUUUAAGAUUUAGAGACACAUCUCUAGUUUUUAAAGUUGCUGAAACUGCAAAUGAAGAAGAAAUUAAGAAGAUGUGCAUGUACAAGUACCCGUCCAUGAGGAAGCAGAUGGGGGACUUCCAACUUAGGAUUGUAUCUGGGGAGUUUACAGAUUCUGAAAUCAUGGUCAUGCUAGGGGAGAAUGGAACUGGUAAAACCACCUUCAUCAGAAUGCUUGCUGGAAGGCUUAAACCAGAUGAAGGAGGUGAUGUACCAGUUCUUAACGUCAGUUAUAAACCGCAGAAAAUCAGCCCUAAAUCAACAGGAUCUGUCCGCCAGCUCCUACAUGAGAAAAUUAGGGAUGCCUACACACAUCCUCAGUUUGUGACCGAUGUGAUGAAGCCAAUGCAAAUUGAAAGCAUCAUUGAUCAAGAGGUACAAACAUUGUCUGGUGGUGAACUUCAACGAGUGGCGCUGGCUUUGUGUCUAGGGAAGCCUGCUGAUGUCUACCUAAUUGAUGAGCCUUCUGCGUACCUGGAUUCUGAACAGCGUCUCAUGGCCGCCAGAGUUGUCAAACGAUUUAUACUCCAUGCCAAAAAGACUGCCUUUAUUGUGGAGCACGAUUUUAUUAUGGCCACUUAUCUUGCUGAUCGCGUCAUUGUCUUUGAUGGUAUUCCAUCCAGGGAUACUGUUGCAAACAGUAUCGCUACCCCUCCUUUCCUUUUGGGUACUGGGCGACGCAAGCACUUCAUUCACCCAAGAACACUUAAGUUUAUGAACCUCUUGCAUUUUAAGGUGAUGUGA